AUGGAAUUCAAUUCCCUUUCUCUUUUUGCUACUCUUAUUUCUCUUACCAUCUUAGUCUACUUAUUCCGUCGCCGUCGCCAUCUUCAAUCAUUUCCCACCACCGUAAACCUACCGCCGGGGAGUUUCGGAUGGCCAGUGAUUGGAGAAACCUUCGAAUUCCUCUUCGGCAAGCCGGAGAAAUUUGUGGGUACCCGAAUGAAGAAAUUCUCACCCGACAUCUUCAAGACAAAAAUCCUCGGCGAAAAAACCGUUGUCAUUUGCGGACCCAACGGUCACAAAUUCCUUUUCUCAAACGAACACAAACUCUUCACCGCCUUCCGUCCUCACCCAAUUCAGCGCCUUUUCCGAUCAUACCGAACCAAAUCCAACGAGUCAGUAGCCACGGUUGCAUCGACGAAUACCACCGACGAAUCGAAAGUCAUCCGUACACCCGGUUUUUUAAAACCGGAGGCCCUAAUUCGGUUCAUACCCAAAAUGGACUCAAUAAUUCAGCAGCUAAUACAGAGCAAUUGGAGUUCGGAGGGUAAAAACGUAAUUCAAGCAGAUUCUCUUUCGAAAACCGUUACUCUUACUCUCGCUUGUCGGUUCUUUCUUGGUAUUGAAAACCCAGAACGGAUAGCACGGUUGGUCGGACAUUUUGACGAUAUUACCCUCGGCAUGCAUUCUUUUAUCUCGUAUAUCCCCGGCACUAUUUUCUACCGCGCCAGUAAGGCGGCGGAAGCUAUAAGGAAGGAGCUUAGGGCGGUGAUCGGAGAGAAGAAGAAGACGAUCGCUGCCGGAGCUCCGGCGAUGGACAUACUGUCGCAUAUGAUCAUGGUGACGGAUCCUGCCGGAAAAUUCAUGCCGGAGAUGGAGAUUGCUGACAAGAUUAUGGGACUGAUUGUCGCCGGUUAUAGCACUGUCUCAACCGCCAUCACUUUUUUUAUAAAGUAUGUCGGUCUUCAUCCUGAGGUUUAUCAGAAGGUCUACUCAGAACAAAUGGAGAUAUCAAGUAGCAAAAACGAAGGGGAUUUGUUAAAUUGGGAUGAUUUAUCAAAAAUGAAAUACUCGUGGAAUGUUAUGUGCGAGGUGAUGAGGCUCGUUCCUCCGCUUCAAGGUACUUUUCGAGAAGUUCUCGUCGACUUCACAUACGCAGGCUACACGAUUCUAAAGGGAUGGAAGUUAUAUUGGACUGUGAGUAGUACUAAUAUGAAUCCAGAGUAUUUUCCAAAUCCCGAAAAGUUUGACCCGUCAAGAUACGAUGGCGAGAAGUUGCAACCGUACACUUAUGCACAGUUUGGUGGGGGGCCGAGGUUGUGCCCGGGGAAAGAGUACGCUAGGUUGGUCGUGCUCACUUUUGUUCACAAUGUGGUUAAGAGAUACAAAUGGGAAGUGGUGUAUCCGGAUGAGAAGGUUAUGGGAAAUAUGAUACCAACUCCUGAGAAAGGGCUACCCAUUCGACUUAUUUCUCACCAAAAUUAGACUUACUAAUUAGGUAUAACUAAUAGCAAUUGAAUAUAAAACUAGAUUUCUUAAAGCAAUACAUACAUAGUAUUUCAAAUAAAAUAUGAUAUGAUACAUAUCUUGUAAUUUGACAUUUACAGUUAA